AAUAUAGUCUCUCGGACUCGGUUUUCACAGAAAGUAGAGGAAGAGGAAGAAGAUCAUGAUGCGAUACAAAGAGGAAAAAGAGGCAAAGAAGGAAGCAUUUCGGAAGUACUUGGAGUCUAGUGGAGUUGUUGAUGCUGUCACCAAAGUUCUGGUUGCAUUGUAUGAACAGGAUGACAAGCCCUCAUCUGCUCUUGAGUUCAUUCAACAAAAACUAGGUGGACCAAGUCUAUCCGAGUAUGAAAAGCUACAAGUGGAAAUGUCAGAUUUGCAAAUCAAGUAUAGUGAGCUUUUGUCAGCACAUCAAGGAACUUGCAAAGAGUUGGAGGAAAUAAUGAACAUGCAUGCCAUGACAUCUACUACAAAAAAGGAUACUGAUGAUGAAGCACAACCAAAGGAUGGACAUUAAACUUGAAGUUCAAGAUAAGAAAACAUUUCCACUGGUCUUCUUUGUGAACCUUAAAUCCUCCAAAUGAUUCAGUACAACUUGUAUCCUACUUUUGUAGUUGAUUGAUGCCCUUGGAAUUUCUUUUUGAUUUUUUUUUCACGAUUAGUUAUUGGUUUUUUACAUGUCUUCCAAGGUGUUUAGUGUUAGUAAAUUGAUAGAUAAGAGGUAUGUUGUGAGUGUUAAAGUGUU